ACGUAUAACCGAAAAUAAAAUCAUCAAUGUUCACAUGUUGUUGUUUAUUUGACGAAAGAAUCGAACCCUCAACGCAACAACGAUGGCCAAUACGACGAUAAUGAUUGAAGAUAUCGAUGAAUUACCACCAUAUUAUCCGGCCAUACAUGGAUGUAGAAGUGUUGAAGAGUUUCAUUGUAUGAAUCGCGUGGAAGAAGGUACCUAUGGUGUUGUAUAUCGUGCCAAAGAUAAACGAACUGGCGAGACUGUUGCUUUGAAACGACUGAAAAUGGAAAAAGAAAAAGAAGGAUUUCCCAUCACUUCGUUGCGAGAGAUUAGCAGUCUGCUGAAAGUGAAACAUGAAAACAUUGUCACCGUGCGUGAAAUUGUUGUCGGCAGCAAUAUGGAUAAAAUCUAUUUGGUUAUGGAUUUUGUGGAACACGAUCUGAAAAGUUUGAUGGAAACCAUGAAAAAACCAUUUCUAUUGGGCGAAGUUAAAACUUUAAUGUUACAAUUGUUACGAGCUGUGGCACACCUGCACGAUAAUUGGAUUCUUCAUCGUGAUCUCAAAACAUCCAAUCUCUUGCUUUCGCACAAGGGAAUUCUCAAAAUCGGCGAUUUUGGUCUGGCACGCGAAUAUGGAUCUCCAUUGAAAGAAUAUACUUCGAUAGUAGUCACAUUAUGGUAUCGAGCACCCGAAUUGCUAUUGCAAGCACCACAAUAUUCCUAUCCAAUCGAUAAUUGGUCGGUGGGCUGCAUUUUCGGUGAAUUUGUUACAAUGCGGCCAUUGUUUCAGGGUAAAUCCGAAAUCGAUCAGCUCAAUAUCAUGUUCAAGGAAUUGGGCACACCAAACGAAAAAAUAUGGCCCGGUUAUUCGGAACUGCCAUUGGUGAAAAAAAUUACAUUCGCCGAGUUUCCAUACAACAGUCUGCAUAACCGAAUCGGACACAAAUUGGGCAAAUCGGGUUUCGAUCUCAUCAACCGUUUUCUUACCUAUUGCCCGGAACGUCGUAUCUCUGCCGAUGAAGCUUUGCGACAUGAAUUCUUCACCGAAUCACCAUUACCCGUAGAUCCGGCAAUGUUUCCUACGUGGCCGGCAAAAUCCGAAGGUGGACAACAUCGUAAAGCACCAAGUCCUAAAGCGCCUAGUGGUGGCAAACAAUUUCAGCGUAACCAAUUGGACGUGGAUGAAGAUCGUCUGAUGCCAAACACUAAAUCCUCCACAUCCUCAUCAGCAUCACAAAAUCAAUCCGGAUUUCAUAUGAACGUUCCAAGUUCGAAAAAAGGUUUUAAUAUUCGUUUUUAGCGCCAUCUAUCGGCAUGUUUGAGAUAAUAAUAUGGUCAAAUGUUCGAUUGAG